AUGCCUUAUAGACGACAAAUUCAAGCAACCUUUCAUGAUCUUCCUGCUGCUGCUGUAGGACUGAUGGACACUUUACUUUCCAUAGAACCUGAAUAUCGAGGAACUGCAGCUCUUGCUCUUCAGGGUGAGUUCUUCACAACAGAACCAUUUGCUUGUGAUCCUUUAAGUUUGCCACGAUGCCCUCCCAGAAAUGAGAUGGAUGCUAAAGAAACCAAGAUGAUUAGGGAAUUUAAUGCAGGAUUACAGCGAUCAAGGUCUGCUACUACCCAUCAAAGUGAUAAUCAGAGAGUAGUAUGGAAAGAACCAAUUCAUUACCAUGACAUAAAGGGAAAGAAGAAGUGGACAGGUCCAUCACCUGAUGAAUCAGACAAAAUGCAGGAUUUACUCAGAGAGUGUAAUGACACGAUCCUCAAAGCUGUUACACGUGGGAGGCUAGAGAAGGGAUUAAUAGCUAAAGUAAAUGUCCAUGACUCAAAUGGAAAGAAGAGUCAUUCUGUAGGUCCAUCAACCAAUAUGCAGGGAUUACCAAGAAAGCACUGGGCUAAGUUUGACAAGGAAAAAAAGGCGGAAGGGGAAGGAAAUAACUCCAAGCUAGAGAAGAACCAACUUAUUGAACAAUUGUUGCCUCCUGCAGAAUCAGAUGGCCUUAACUUCCUGGAAGACAACCAUUAUUGUGGUCCACUUUCAUCUGCAUCAAAACCAAUUGAUGUGGAUCGAAUAAUUAGAGAGCACGACCGACAGAUCCAAGAAUCUGUAGAACGUGCCAAGCAACAGAAAAAACUAGGUAAAGCUAAGUUUUGA